AUGGAGGAGAGCUCCACGCUUUCAUUUCCUCCAACUGCCUGCCUUACCUACUACUACUACUACUACUACUACUUGGUCAAAGCUCUGAAACCUAGUCUUCUACGUACAACGAAUUAUUACAACUUGUCAGGCUUUGCUCAUAAAAGAACAGCCAUUUGUUCCGAACGAGGCGCUACGUUUGGAGAACGGAGCACUCUUAUACGAAAUUGGAAGUUAGAAGGCUCUGUUAGACUUAUCAAGCUCAACCCCAGCCACUGGACUCCUCAUGAUGCGAAUACGGCUCCCGGUUGCAGCUUGCCAGGCGUCUUCCUGCUCCUACUCCUCAUUGCCGCCUACGCUGGAUUGACUUCAAUACAACUUGGUCAAUAUGUCAACGACAAGGCGUUGCACUUCACCACCUUCUUUGCGCUUACCGUUGUGUUUUACUGGGUUGUCGAUACGAGUCGAAGACGUGUUAUGAAUAUGACUUUGGUCGUUUGCACAAUCGUUCUUGGUGUCGGUUCCGAAUUCGUCCAAAGCUUCCUCGAUAAUGGUCGGGAGUUUGAUCUAUACGACAUUAUUGCAAAUGUGAUAGGAAGUUUAUUAGGUGUUGGCCUUUGCUCGUGGUACCACAAGCGUAUGCUUGAGCGCAAGCGACGUAGACGUUACAGUGCUGUUCCUGGCGAAGAGCAGGGUGAUGUUGAGCUUGGAGAAGGCCACGAGUCAGGCGUCAUGGAAGGGAGCAGCCGCUCUCAAACAUUGGAAGAGGAGGUGGACAACUGGGACGAGAACGAGAUCGAUGAUGACUGGGACGAGGACGAAACACAUGAGGCUUCAACCAACACCAAGACGUUGGAAACUAACGCGGACAAUGCUAUGGUCAUGUAG